UGAAACGACCCAAUCAUUGCCCUGGAAUAGGUGGAAAGCUCGAACGCCUGUGUGCAUUUACGGUGGGGGCGUGGCCCGCCCGCGGUUUAGUCAGACUGCGCGGCCGGACGCCGGCGCCAUGGAGGAGUACGCUCGGGAGCCUUGCCCAUGGCGAAUUGUGGAUGAUUGCGGUGGCGCCUUCACUAUGGGUGUUAUCGGCGGUGGAGUCUUCCAGGCCAUUAAGGGCUUCCGCAAUGCCCCUGUCGGAAUUCGGCACCGAAUGAGAGGCAGUGUCAACGCUGUGAGGAUCCGAGCCCCUCAGAUUGGAGGUAGCUUCGCAGUGUGGGGGGGCCUGUUCUCCACCAUCGACUGCGGUCUGGUGCGGCUGCGGGGCAAGGAAGAUCCCUGGAACUCCAUCACCAGUGGAGCAUUGACCGGGGCUGUGCUGGCUGCCCGCAGUGGCCCAUUGGCCAUGGUGGGCUCAGCAAUGAUGGGAGGCAUUCUGUUGGCCCUCAUCGAGGGUGUUGGCAUCCUCCUCACUCGCUACACUGCCCAGCAGUUCCGCAAUGCACCCCCAUUCCUGGAGGACCCCAGCCAGCUGCCCCCUAAGGAGGGUACCCCAGCCCCAGGCUACCCCAGCUAUCAGCAAUACCACUGAGGAAGUGACCGCCUGUCAUCGCCACCGUGGGAGCUCCUCCUUGGUUCCCUCCGCGAUGAUCUACCUCGAAGGGAGGGCUGGCUCCUGGUUGGCCCUGGGACCCUCCAGAGAGGGCCUCUACUCUGUUCCCUUAUCCCAGGUUGGGGGUGGGGCACCCCAGCUGCCCUGAUGGGUGGGUCCCUUCUCUCUCAGGCACCCCAGCCCCCACUCAUAUGUAACAAGCUCUCACCCCAGUCCCUUUGCAUGGCGCCCUGAUCAGUAUUUAAAGCCAGUUUUGAAAUGCC